GGAGAGGAUCCUUGCUGAACUGCUGUAAUCAUGAAGACAGUGAUUUUAAUUGUCCUAAUCAUCUUCAGUUUGCUGUCUUCAGGGAAGAAAUUCCGGUGGUGCACCCUCUCUGACCUGGAACAGAGAAAGUGUGCUGAACUGUCCAAAGCACUUAUGGCUGUGCUGCCUCUCGCUACUAUUGAUUCGUUUGCCAGGAUUUCCUGCAUCAGAGCCCACAAUACAUAUGACUGCAUUGAUAAAAUCAGGGUGAAUAAAGCAGAUGCUGCCUCCUUGGAUGCUGGAGAUGUUUACUCUGCUGUAAAGCUGUAUGGUUUGACAGUGGUGGCAAAGGAGGUCUAUGAUCAAGGAAAUUGUGUGUUUGCUGUGGCCAUUGCCAGACGAGGAACUUUGAAUAUCCAGAGGCUACGAGGGGUGCGCAGCUGCCAUAAAGCCAGAUGGACAUCAGGCUGGAAUAUUCCUCUUGGCUUUCUCCUUGCAAGAAAUGAUCUUUCCUGGGAUGAGGCACAACCUCUGAGCCAAGUAAUCAGUGAGUAUUUCAAUGCAAGUUGCAUCCCAGGGGUUGGUGUUGCUGCUCCACGACUGUGUGCUCUCUGCCAAGGACAAAAAUCCUAUGUCAGAGACAAGAACCACUUCUGUGAGACAAGCAGUAACGAACCCUUCUAUGACUCUGAGGGAGCCUUCAGGUGCUUGAAGAAUGGAGUAGCAGAUGUUGCCUUUUUAGAUCAUCUAACAAUUAUGAGUGCCACAGAGUCAGAACAACAGGAAUAUGAACUCUUAUGUCCUGAUGGGACUACAGCUGAGCUGACUGAAUACAGCACCUGUAAUCUAGGGCAGGGGCCUGGCCGUGGUGUCAUCACUCGCCACAACUUCCAGAAGAUCACCAACAAAUUUCUUACCAUGAUCCAACGUCUCUUUGGACGAAGAGGAAAGGAAAGAGCCAGGUUUGAACUCUUCACUUCAGCACCCUUUGGGGGAAAGAACCUGCUGUUCCGGGAUGCCACUCAGCACCUGCAGCUUCUUGAGGAGCAGCUAGAGAUUGCUUAUGUCCUUGGUCUGGAUUAUGUAGCUCUCCUUAAAGGGCUUGGCCAUGAAGGGAGCUCUUUGGACAACAGUGUUGUGCGCUGGUGCUGCAUCAGUGACGCUGAACUUCGCAAAUGUGAGGAGUGGGCAUUGAGCAUCAAAUCUGACCCAUUAGUCUGCGUCCAAGCAACUUCCAUGACCAAAUGCAUUGAAAUGAUCAAGAGUAGUGAGGCUGAUGCAGUCACCCUGGACGCAACACAUGUCUACAUUGCAGGGAGGUGUGGAUUGGUGCCUGUAGCUGCAGAAUGUUAUGGGCGAGAUUGUGCCCCAGCUGCUGGGAACGCAGAGGAAACAGGGAAACUAAUUCAUCUUAAGCGCAAAGCACUGCCACCAGUUUUUGCUGUUGCUCUAGCUAAGAAAAAUGCCAAACAGAUUAACAUCCGUAACCUUAGGGGAAGGCGAUCCUGCCACAGUCACCUGUAUAGUCCUGGAGGAUGGUUACUUCCUUCCAGAUACACAGUGGGAGCUCUGGAGAAUGCUACUGAGAACUGUGACAUUGGCUCUGUUUAUCAGAAUUACUUUUGGAAGGGCUGCAUGCCAGGAGCAGAUGGAAACCUGUGCAAGGUGUGCAUUGGAGACAGUGAGGUGGAAGGGGCUCGAGUGUCUGGCAGAUGUGCUGCAAGUCACAACGAGCGUUACUAUGGCAAUAUGGGAGCGCUCAGGUGCCUAGUUGGCAAUCCCAGUGGAAGAAGCUUUGGAGAUGUAGCUUUCCUGGAACACUCUAACCUACUCCAGAACAUAGAGAAUCUGGGCAGCUCUGGUUGGGCAAAAGGUUAUACCCCUUUUGACUUUGAACUCUUGUGUCCGGAUGGAACCCGUGCUCCAGUCACAGAAUGGGCAGGCUGUAACCUUGGCCCCAUUCCCCCCAGCGCAGUCAUGACUCGACCAGUCACUGUCACUAAAAUCUAUGACUUUCUAAUGAAAUCCCAGGAAUCUCUGGGAAGCAAACUGGAUUCUGAAUUCCACCUCUUUCAGUCAUGGAAGUAUGGUGAAAGUGAUCUGCUUUUCAAAGACACUACUCAGUACCUUGUUCAUGCAAGUCACAUGAGCUAUCAGGAAAUUCUUGGAGUGUCCUUCUUUCAACUGGCAGAAUCAGUGUUUAAUUGUACACCUGCAGGCAUCUUAGACUUCUGCAAACAGGAUAUCUGCGCAUCCUCAUCGAACUGACAGCUAAUACAGAGGCUUUGCAAGGCACGUACAUCACCAGCAGUGUUGAAAAGAAGGAAA